GCCAGUUUGUUUUUCGCGUAUAUUUACACGUGAACGUGACUUCUCAGCACGUUCAUCGUUUUAGUACAGCGUAGAUUUAACUUUGUAGCGGAGCUUCGGAGUAGAGGUGCUUCUUUACUACAUUUUAUAAUUUUAGCUGUUCACAAUAUCUUUCCAACAUAUAAAGGAGAGAAGAGAAGGAGGAAAUGUGGAAAGUCGUAUUUCGCGGAAUCCGAGAAACGUUGGAGCGACGCGUUUGUCGCACCAACGUUUAUUCGCAGUCGUCACAGGAUAACGCGAAGAACGAAGUCAAAACAAGCUUGACGUGCCAACAAAAGUUUCUUCCGCCAGUCUUUAUCACUUGUGAUAAGGGUUUCUGCGAAUCGGCCAAAAGCGCCGGUGCUAAAAACGAGCGACACGAUUCCGAUUGGAAUGCCAAGCACAGUUGGUCAGAGGCGGUCGGCUGGUCCAGUGUACUGGCGGCUGGAUGGAUCGUGUGCCAAACACUCUGUCUCCGCAAAAGGGUCUUUGACAGAGAUAACAAUGAUAUCUUGAAAAGGAGUUUCCCGAGUUUUAAGAUCUUCGAUUCAAACUCUAAAGGAGUUUCAUACAUACUUACGCAAUUAUUAAAUUUACAACCAAGGAAAAUCCUGCCGGUUACUAAUUGCAUUGGUACCAGCAAAAAAAGCGCUAAUCUGCAGGAUUCAAAUUCACAAUGGACUGCAGAAAAAUCGUUUGGUCCUAUCACCAUUGAAGAGGCAUUCAAACAGGCUGCCGAUGAAUUUACAAAUACUCAUAACAUAGUGGUAGGAGAAUACGAGCUCCGUUUUGGUAUUAAAGCUUUAGAGGAGAAACGUUAUAAAGACGCUUUAAUGCAUUUUACUGUUGGCGCUAAAUUAUCAUCCCCCGGAAGCAUGUUCAAUUUAGGUCUAUGUUACGAAUUAGGCAUCGGGACUUUGGCAGAUCAAGCAAAGGCUGCAAAAUAUUACAAUGAUGCCGCGGCCCACGAUCAUGCCGAUGCGUUGUAUAAUUUGGGAGUUUUCCAUGCCCAAGGACGGGGCGGUUUACAAAUCGAUAUCGAUACCGCGCGCACUUAUUUCACCAGAGCAGCAAGAUUGGGUCAGGUACAAGCGCAACAUGCACUUGAUUUAGAAAAAGCUGAAAGUCGAAGAAAAUCGAAGAAAAAUGUUUCUACUUCGCUAAACGUAAAUCUAAAAAAUUCAGAUUUAGAGAAAAAUGAUGGAAAUGAUACGCCCAUUAAAUUAAGCGAUUUUAUGUUAUAUACAAACGUCGAUGACACAUUCAGUACAAUUACGAAAUCCAGUCAGGUAUUUUUAGACUUCCUCGGCUUAAAACAGCCUACUCAAACACCCAUUAUGAUAACUACCAACGAUUGUCGCGUGUCAUAUUAAAAUGUACAAAAAUACUUUUGUUAUCUCAGUGUAAGAUCAAAUGGAAUUAGGUAUAGUGAUAUAAAUAGUACUAAUUCCUACAUGUAGUAUUAUUUUAUAUAAUUACUGUUUUUUUUUUAUCCGAGUAUUUUUACGAGAAUCUGCAUGCGAUAUCGAUGAAAUAUUUGCUCAAUUUAUGAUACAUUGCACUAUCCAAAAUUCUGCUGUUUCAAAAUUCCACUUUUUUUCGUAUUAUCUUUUACUUAAAACGAAACAUUAUUACUUUAUGAACGUUUAACGUUUAAAGAUCCUUUAUUUACUAUUUUUAAGUUAAUAUAAUUUUAUGAUACAUUAUAUAGAUAUUAAUGUGAUUUUUUCUUAUUUUAUGUUUAUAUAUGUUAUCGUCAAAACCCGAAUUCAUUAGUUUGAAUUCAUUAGUUAAAACUAGAAUGGUUGAUUAGACGUAAAAUCGAAAAUCUAUGUGGACAAUACAAUUAUAGACCUCGUUUCUCUUCAUAAACAGGGGAGGGGGGAGGGGUUAAAUCUCGCUAAGCGUGCAAAGUCGAAAACCCAUGUGAAACUACGAUUACAGACUUCGUUUUAACUAAAUUUAAAACUAGUUUUAACUAGUGAAAUCGGAUUUUAACGAUUAUCAGGUUUUUUUUAGGUAACAUAUAUAAUAUAACGUUACCUAAUUUGUGUUGUUUGAAUAUGACUGUGAUGCGCAAACAAUAGGAUUAUGGAAAUAUACAUAAUAGAGCUGAACAGCUGAAGUUUGAAGAUUGGAGGUACGUCCUCAUAAACUUCCGAGUCCUGAUCGAUUAUAAUCGAUAUUUUUGUUAGAUGUAUAUUUUGUUAGCUUUUACAUUGAAAAAUCUCAUUUUAUCUUUGAAGACGUGUAUCAAACGUAAGAUUUUUUAGCAUAGUUUGACACAAACGACGAUAAUCAUAUUUAGCGAUUUACCCUUGUGCUCUGCACAGUGCGGAAAGUAUGUAUGGGUAUAGUACUUAUACUAGACAUAAUACAAAAAUGUUUUUAUAA